UUUCAGACUGCGGCGUCGCCCUCCGAAGGUUCUCUGCUUUAGGAAGAGGUGGCCCAGUUACUUUUAUCCCGCGGUGGUGCGUUCCUGAGUGUCGAAAUGCCUGUUAAGAGAUCACUGAAAUUGGAUCAUCUGUUAGAAGCAAAUUCAUUUGAUUCUUCAAAAAUCACAAGGAAGAAAAGUAUUACAACUUAUUCUCCAACAACUGGAACUUGUCAGAUGAGCCCAUUUGCUUCUCCUGCAAGCUCUAAAGAACAAGAGCACAAAAAUGAACCAUCAAAUGGAAAAAGGAAAAAAUUGAGGCACCUCAGUUUAACCGAAAGGAAGGAAUCUACAACAAAAGACAAUGAUGAAUUCAUGGUGUUGCUAUCUACAGUGGAGAAAUCAUCAGAAGAAAUCACAGAAAUAAUGCAAAACUUAAGCAGUAUACAGGCUUUGGAGGGCAGUAGAGAGCUUGAAAAUCUCCUUGGUAUCUCCCGUGCAUCAUGUUUCUUACCAAGAGAAAUGCAGAAAACAAAAGAACUAAUGAAAAAAGUAACAGAACAAAAACUGUUUGAAAAGAAGAGUUCAGGACUUCCCAACAAAGAAUUAUAUCAUCUUGACAGCUAUGAAUUCCUUAAAGGCAUUUUAAACUGAGGCAUUUAAAAGAAAUGCACUUACUGUGAAAACCAACUUCUUCUGCAUCUGCCUGAUCGU